GCAGAACAUAUCUGAAGCAACCCUCAGCACUCUGAUCAGUUGCGAUCAUGGGUACGGCCGGAGUGGUAGUGUUCAUUUUCGUCGUAGUCCUGUGCCACCCAGUGGCCCAUGGCAGUGGACCUCUGAUCCACAGGGGUCGACCGAACAGCAUUCAUGGGAUUCUCGGUUUGCCUAAAUCGACGAAGCAGGUCUCGGAUGUUCGCGAUGUGAAAGAGGUAUGGUUCAAACAACAGGUCGACCACUUCAAUCCCGUCAGCACACAAACGUGGAACCAGCGGUACUUUGUAAAUAAAGGAUUCCAUCAAGAGGGGGCACCUGUGUUCCUCAUGUUUGGCGGCGAAGGAGCAGCGAGUGCCGAGUGGCUCUCGAAAGACACUUUCAUGAUGGUACUAGCCGAGAAGCACAAUGCGCUUGCAUUCGAACUGGAGCACCGAUACUACGGACUAAGUUGGCCUACACCUGACAUGUCGACGGACAAUUUGGCCUACUUGAACAGUCAACAGGCGCUCGCGGAUGCCGCUACCUUCAGACAAGCCAUGGUCGAAAAAUACAACCUGGGAGACAAUAGCAAGUGGGUUGUCUUCGGCGGCUCUUAUUCGGGUUCACUGGCAGCCUGGUUCAAGCUCAAGUACCCCCAUUUGGCAGUUGGAGCCGUCGCUUCAAGUGCUCCUCUUCACGCAAUCAUAGAUUUCAAAGAUUAUCUCCGCGUUGUACGAGACUCCCUGGCUACGACGAACCCAGAAUGUGACACUCAAGUGGGGCUAGCUGUCGACCACCUUAUGUACCUGGCGAGUACACCGGCCUUCUGGCCUGAUAUAACGUCUCUGUUCCGGCUCUGCUCGUACUUCAACGGAUACAACCAGCACGAUCAAGCAAACCUCUUCCAGACCCUAGCUGGAAAUUUUGAAGGUGUUGUGCAGUAUAACAAGGACGCCAGAUUAUCUGGGGGGACGCCUAAUAUAACGAUUGACACCCUCUGUGACAUCAUGACGACCCUUAUAGACGAUACAACUGCCUUAGAUAGAUUUGUUCAAGUAAACUCACUCAUGCUCAAGUCAACGUCGCAAUCCUGCUUGGACUUCAAUUACGACACGUUUAUCGACACCUUAAGGAGAACUGACUUCAAUAACCCAGACGCACCGGGAGGUCGCCAAUGGACAUAUCAGACAUGUGUUGAGUUUGGCUACUUCCAGUCCUCUGACUACCCUCGUCAGCCCUUUGGUUCUCUAUUUCCAGUAAAGUUCUUUAUCAAGCAGUGCCAAGACAUCUUUGGUGACACAUUUGAUGAGAAACUACUAGCUUAUGCCAUUGAACGAACCAAUACGAUGUAUGGAAGCAUUAAGCCACAGCUGCGAAAUGUCACGUUCCCAAACGGCUCUAUUGACCCGUGGCACGCCCUUGGAGUCGUUGAGUCUCUCUCUGAUGAUGUCACAGCCAUUUACAUUAAUGGAACAGCACACUGUGCUGACAUGUACCCGGACACACCGCAAGACCCUCCGGCACUUAGAGAAGCGAGGAAAAAAAUUGCUCAGCAGGUGGAGAAAUGGAUUGAGAGAGAUGCAAGAUAUGCAACAUUCGAAUAGAAUACGUUGAUCCACA